AAAAAAAAAAAAAGAAAUACAGUAAACAGUUGGCGCCAAAACCUAAAAGCAUACUUCUCCGGGGACGCAUACCCUAGACCCGGAAGACACUUUUUCAGAGCUGAAAAAAUGGCGGAGGAAAUAUCCGUCAUGGACAUCGACGGCGACGAUUACCCCAACGUCGCCGCCGUGAAUAACAAGGGCAAAAGCGUAGCAGUCUCCAACAAUAUAGGCCCAAAAUCUAUUCCUUGGGUCGAAAAGUACCGCCCGCAAUCCCUAUCCGACGUCGCCGCUCAUCGGGAUAUAGUUGACACCAUUGAUCGGCUGGCUAGUAGUAACAGAUUACCGCAUUUGCUUCUCUAUGGGCCCCCUGGAACGGGGAAGACAUCAACUGUUUUGGCCCUGGCUCGUAAGCUUUAUGGUUCUCAGAUGCAUAAUAUGGUUUUGGAUCUAAAUGCAUCUGAUGAUCGAGGGAUUGAUGUUGUCAGACAACAAAUACAGGACUUUGCUAGCACUCAGAGCAUCUCUUUUGGAGCGAAGUUUUCUGUUAAGUUGGUGCUAUUGGAUGAGGCUGAUGCCAUGACUAAGGAUGCACAAUUUGCUUUGCGCCGAGUGAUUGAAAAGUACACCAAAAAUACUAGAUUUGCCCUUAUAUGCAAUCAUGUCAACAAGAUCAUCACAGCAUUACAGUCAAGAUGUACUCGGUUCCGCUUUGCUCCUCUUGAUGCUGUCCAUGUCACUGAGAGGCUUAACCAUGUUAUUAAGGCCGAAGGGCUUGAUGUGACUGAGAGUGGCUUGAAGGCUCUUGUUCGGCUUUGCAAUGGUGACAUGAGAAAGGCUUUGAAUAUUUUGCAAGUAAUUUUUCUUCUUGCUCAUUUGUGGUUGGUUUUUACUUUUUUUUUUUUCUCUUUUGGGCUAUGUUUAGAAAUUAUGUUGAAGAGGCUGAGUCCUCAACCUGCCACUGAAUUCCCAAAUCUGUAUACUCCUUGUAUAAUUGAACAAACCUAUGCAUCACCUGGUCCAUUAAACCAUAAAGCUGAGCCGAUGCAUAAAAUUUGUUGCGACAUAAUUUGACUGGCAACUUAGGUCUGGUGUAUGGCGGCCAAAAACAGCCUUUUUUUGGGGGCUUUUGGUGGUGUAUUUAAUGUAUUGCUACUCUCGUUGAUAACUGGGUUCCAUGUAUAUAUCCUCUUGUAACCGUAUCCUUCCCAUUAGGCUCAGCCUUACAACUUUAGAAAUUGGACAAUUAAAUAACAGAUGAUCCUCCGUCAGCCAACUGUGUAGCUUGCGCAGUAGUAAGUCGAGCCAUAGGUGAAAACUUAUGUAUAGACCAUAGACCCUGGACAAGCUGGUCCCGAUGUACUUAAACCCCCUCUUACCUGCAACUUCUAUGUAAGCUUAGGAAGUACACAUGCUAACUGUUCUUGUAAUCCACUGGUGCGGUGCUGAACUCAUUCUUUGUUUAUUUCCUGGAAAGUUCCCUUGUAGCAGACCUAGAUGAUGGCAUUGAUAUGAUUUGAAAUUUGCAUCGUUGACAUAGCACUAGUCUUCUUUAUCAGAGUUUGAGCGACUGACCUUAGCUCUAGAAUCUUCUUCCAAGAAGAGAAUUGUAAUGUGCACCUCGUGAAUCCGUUGUGCUGUACUGAAAGUUACAACAGCUCCAGAUAAGCACGUGUAAUAGAACAUUUUGUUCCAAAUAUCACUAUAGCAAGUACUGAAGUCUUCCUUGUAAUAGACCUCCCAUGAGCUACUCUCGUGCAAUAGUCCUCUUUAAGAUUUCGAGCGCGACAGAAAGCAGUUGGUAUUUGUUGGUUCUCUUUAUUGUCUGUAUUUUUAGCCUUGAAAGUUAUCAGGGGAAUGGCUAAUUUUGAAGGAUGCAGUCUAUUACGUUCUGAAUCAAAUUUGAAACUUCUGCCUAAUCACGUUGUUGCUGCUAGCAAUUAAUACUCAUCCGCUGCAUCUGUGUUGGUUUUAUUAUCACAGAGAGCCGUUAAAUCAUUUGAAGACUAGGGCAUCAUUAUAAAUGAGACUUUGUAGAAGUAGUAAGAUUAAAAAAAAAAAAAAUUCUCAUAAGAGAUGUGGUGGCUGUCACUCAUGACAAUGAUGAUGAAAAGCUACCCUGCUUAGAAAUAUUAUAAUAAAAAACACCUGGUACGCAUUUCCAUGGCAAUUAAGAACUCGUAGAAACAGGAUCCUUUAGUUUGGGUUACCAAGGGAUCAAUGAAAUCAAAGGACACCAGACAGUACUGACACAUGCUUAACCCACUAAACACACUGAUUAGGAAAACCAAGUAACUUACAGGAGUUGUACAGGAACUUCCUCUGCAAUAUAUCAUAGGCCCUGCGUGAUGCCUAAUUUAAUAAUUAAGUCUACGUUGCUAGUUCAUGCAUUUACUUAAUAUGAUUUUGAGUUGAAAUGUUUGGUCCUAGCUCCAGUCAACAUCCAUGUAUUUUGAGGUUUCCUCAUCAAACUCAGGUCUUACAGUUUCAAGGAAGUUAAUAUUAGAAUCACAUUCCUUGUUAUGCCUUCUAUAGUGAUACAGAACUAGAUUUGAAUUUAGUGUUUUUUUUUUCCCGCUCUGAAUUUGAAAAAUAACUAGUUGGCCUUGGCAUGCUGAAAUCUUUAUAUGAUAGUUUUUGCACCUAACCAUUGAAAUUUGAUAUCACAAAAUUUCAAUGAUGUUUUCCAUCCAAAUAGAUCUUGCUGAGAAUUCUCAGUUAUUUCUAUGAGCUUGUUGACGAAAUUCACUUUGGUGCACAUCAAUUUAGUAGCUCUCAGCUCGUCUGUUUGAUGCUAAUACUUUGGUCAUAUUUGGCCCAUGCAG